AUGAUUAUUGCUGCUCUUUUUGUCCAGAUGAGACUGCCUUUCCAUAUCAGUGCCUCACAGGUAGCCCUCCUCUUCCUCAACCUCCUCUGCCCAAUCCCACACACAGUUUCCACGCAUCCCCCAUUUUCUGCUGCUUUCUAUCCCAGUCAAGAGCUGGAAUCCAGCCUGUAUGACCUCAGUGCUCCACUGCAGGACCCCAAAGUCCCUAAAAUGCCGUCUGACUGGCUUCAAGACUCUCUGCAAAUUCUUCUAGAGCCUGAGGAAGUAGGUGGUGUCUGGGAAGAAGAGCAGCUGCUGAGAGACCAGAGAGAGGCCGUUAUGGAUCUGCCUCUCUCCCCAUUCGCUGCUGAUAACUCUCUAGAGGUCAUGAACUAUCAGGAGGGUGGAGAAGGUGAAGAAGGCUGGAAAAGAAAUGACGCUCUUACAUCCAUGGCCGGAGGGCUUCAAGCAGUCAGCCGAGAGAAAGGAGGAUUUGGUUUCCGCUUUGGGAGGAAGAGACGACUGGAAAAGAAAAGGAGGGACGGAGGAGUAGCUGAAGGAGUUGGAAAACAGAGGACAAGAGAAAGCAGAAAGAGAGGUUUCGUAACUGAAGUGUGGGAUUAAAUAGGAUUCUUUUUUUAUCUUUACUUUAUUGUCAACAGAAAGUAACUUGUAAUAUCUAACGCAUUUUACACAGAGAGAAGCUGCAGGAAGCUGCUUUGUGUUUCACUGCACAAUUGUAAGAAACGAGGCAAUAACGGAGACUUUUGUUUAAUAAACGUUUAACAUUACAUUACAUAAUUGACAUGCCUUAAAAAUUCAUAUUAACUCUUCAUAAAAUUGCACAGAUGAAAACAAACUGUUAAGUUAAAUAUGUGACUUCCAUCAGUUGUAUCUGUAUGUCAAGCCUUUG